GCGCGCGAGGCUGCGGAUCCGACCGGAGCGGUGUGUGAGAUCGGGAGAGACAUCAUGUCUGUGCGCGCGGGGCGCCUCGUCCUUCUGUGCGUCUGUCUCGCAGUGACAGGGGGCGCCGCUGUGCACGUCACCGUGGCCGACAGGCAGCGCCAUGCGAUGCUCUUCCAGCCCGUGGAGCUGCGCUGCCACUUCUCCAGCUCGUCCUCCCAGGUGCCAGUGGUCCAGUGGUGGUACAAGUCCUACUGCCACGAUGACACGCGCUCCUCCUUCGGCCUCCCGCAGCCGCCGGUCCCCCGGGGCCCCGGGUCGGGAGCCGACGCCCGUCUGGACUGCGCGGACAGCGGGCGCACCGUCCGACCCGUCGCUUCGGGUCAGGGUUCCUCCAUGACUCUGGGAGAGUACUACCGCGGGCGCGACAUCGCCAUCAUCAACAAGGCUGACCUUCGCAUCAAGCAGCUGCAGUGGGGAGACACUGGUGUGUACUUCUGCAAGGUGAUCAUCUCAGAUGACCUGGUGGGUCAAAAUGAGGCCCAGGUGGAGCUCCUGGUUCUUGGUCGCAUGAGUGCGGCAGAUGACCUCCUGCCUGAUAUUGAUGUGGAGAUCAUGCCAGAGUGGGUGUUUGUGGCGGCGGUCACAGGGGGCGGCGUAGCCGUCCUCCUGCUGGUGGCGCUCUGCUGGUGCCAGUGCUGCCCCCACUCCUGCUGCUGCUACGUCCGCUGCUGCUGCUGCCCCGAGACGUGCUGUUGCCCCCGGCACCUGUACGAGGCAGGGAAGGUGCCCAAGACCGCCCAGGUUGCUCUCUACCCACACUACUACAUGCCCAGUGUGCCCACAGUGGUCUCCACAGCGCCCCCCUCGCUCGUCAGUCCCAAAGCGACCGCCGUGGCCUCGGCGGAGAACCGCAUGACGAGGGCCCAGAGUGUGUCAGAGCUCAGCUCCCUCCGCGACGGGGAGUCCAACGGUCAUCACACCUACCGCCACGGUCAGAGGAUGGAGCUGGAACCCAAAGCGGACCACAGGGAUGGUCCGAGGGACAGCGAUGUGCUCCCUCCCCAGAGUCGAUGGAAGCCACGCUCGGAGCACCUGCAGAGGAAGCCCUUGGGGACAUGUGGGAGGACUAGGUCUCUGGACGAGCUUGAGGACUUUGCCAGUUCGUGUGACCGCCGAGGCCGGUGGACAGAGUUCCGUGGGGUCGAGGACAGCUAUGGGCUGGAGAUGCAGAAUCGCUCCCUGGGGGCGGGGCCUCGGCUGAACGACGAACGGGACGGCUAUCGGUCACGCAGACACGGGAAAGAGUCCACCUGGGGUCACCGCCUCAGCCCCCCACCCUCCCCCCGUGGGGAAGGUCGUAACUAUGACGACGCCCUUCUGAGCAGCCUGCUGGAGGAAAAGGCGCGAGGGCGCGUUGGGGGUGGAGAGCACUACUCCAACCCAUCUCCUAGCAACCGCACCGAGGAGGAGGACUCCCUACCCCCCUAUACAGAGAGGAGCACCGAGCCCAGCGCCUGGCCCUUCUCAUACCAGCGGUCCCCCAGUGGCCCGUCGUACACCCUACAGGAACGGAGGCAGGAGCGCCCCCGCAAGACACAGAACACACUCCUGAGCAGAGAUGCCCUCAUUGUGUGAUGCCCUCAGAUGUAGAAGAGUGAGAGUGGAGACCACCUCCAGUGGGAAGGAGGACACACACCAUUGAACAACUUAAGUGUCGAGAUUGUAGCUCCAAACACCGUCCAGUUAUGUAACUGAUCAGUUUACAUUUUAAAGUGAAAUUUUCACUAGUUUAUACAACUAAUUAUAAUAACUGAUAGCAAAAGAAAGUCAUUAACACAUGAGACAGCAAAUCAGUCGUCACGUGUAAUCACUGAAUACCACAUGUUCAUGUUGACGUUUGGCAGGAUGCAUGCGGUGCAGUGUACCGCGGUGUUUAUGGAAGAAGACAAGUGUGAAGGAACCUAGAGUCACCAUCACUGAAGGAAUUUUCUUCUAGUAAAAGAUGUAAAAAUUCCUCUCAGCUGCAGUGAUGCCAAUAAAC